AUGGUGCCGAUCAAAGAAGCCUACGAACACAACCUAAGAAGCAUUAUAAGAAGAAAAGACGAAGAUGCACAAGCAAAGGAGUGGAACACACAAGCAAAUGAAAUCCAACUUCGCCCGGGGCAACUCACACCCCCAUUACCAGAAGAGCCAGAGCUGACUGGACACACCACCCCGUCAGCAAAUCGCAGACGAUGGCCUUUCUCAAAACCACGCAAGCGGCAGCCAAUAGCUCUCCAAAGUCAGUCUCCUCUCUUUCAAAAUCUACCAACCGAGAUCCGACUCCUCAUCUGGGAGCACUACCUCUGUAGCCGUAAGCUGCAUAUCAUGAGGACGAAAUGGCGACAGGGAAGGGAGUCCCGCUCGCGAAUCGUCGGGGUCCAAUGCCAUGAGCAGCUUGGAAUCUGUCCAUGCAGCCAUCGCUGCUGGGGACAGUUGGCACGUCGACCGGCUGGUGGAUGUGUUGGAGGAUGGAGAGGAGAUGGAGAGGUGACGGGUAAUGAGGAAGACGAGUGGAAGUUUGAUACGAGAGUUGAUUUUGUGGCUCUUUUGCGGAGUUGUCGAUUGAUAUACACUGAGACGAUCGAUAUGAUCUAUCGGCAUAAUACAUUUCUGUUCAACCACGCAGAUACGAUCGUUGAUCUGCCGGGAAUUAUUCUACCACACAGGUUGAGCUUGAUUCGUACUGUCCAGCUUGGUUUCGCUGAUCCUGGUGGUAGAAUGUGGGAUAGGUGCUGUUGGGUUCUUGGUAAUGAACUGCCUGCCUUGGAGAAGUUGACUAUUCAUUUGUUUCCUCAUGUUAUAGGUGAUAUGGAUAAUCUGCUUAUGCCACUGCAUCAGAUUGAACAGCCUAGGAUAUUCGAUGUCUGUCUCAUCAAACCGUGGUAUAUAAAGAAGGGCUGGGAGGCCUCGUCAGGUCUUAUUGAUGCUCCUUUUCGUUUUGAGCUUAUUGAUAAUGAGCUCCGCUCCCCGAUAGGGAUGUUGGCAUAA